UGUGAUCGUUGUUUUCGGUGCCCAAUGUGUGGUGGGCAGGUAAGAGCCUGCUAGUCUUAUCGAGAUGUGCAGGUCCCUGUCUAGGCCUUGGGUGGGGAAACGCGGUUCGUGGUGUGAUCGUUGUUUUCGGUGCCCAAUGUGUGGUGGGCAGGUAAGAGCCUGCUAGUCUUAUCGAGAUGUGCAGGUCCCUGUCUAGGCCUUGGGUGGGGAAACGCGGUUCGUGGUGUGAUCGUUGUUUUCGGCGCCCAAUGUGUGGUUUCCCGGAAAGCCCCUCUUGUAUUCACAGUGAUUCAGAUGUUCCCCUGGAUGGACCUUGAGUCGGGUGUCUUGCUGAUUUCUUCUGUCUUCGAAAUCCUAUUCCUGGAUAGCAAAAAAAAUACAUCUAUAUCAUUACUCUCUAAUCAUAUUGUUUCCUCUUAUAUCAUUACGCUUAAGGCUAUGUCCUGCAAGGAACACUAUGAGUGGCUUGCUCAACCAGUCCGUCACUCCAUAACGACAUUCUGUGAGCGAUUUGAGUACACUGACAGUGAACAAGCCUAUUCUGACUUUGAAAAUCUUAUCAAAAAUUCUUUCCUUAAAAUUUCUGCCAAGGAAAAAAUUCUGAAGAAUUUCGAGUCGUGGAAAGCAAAUAAGAGCAAUGUUGAUAUGUUUUGGCUUGAAAGGCAGUCGAACGUGGCUAUAAAGAAAGGAAAAAAGAUCGCGUCCAUAAGUUUAAUUGAAGCGUCGACGUCAAAUCUCGCCAAUAUAAUAAAGGAACAAGAUGAUAACUUGCCUAAGACCCAACACCAGCAAGGCUUUGAGAAUAAUGCUUCGAAUUCUCAAGAAACAAGGCCAAUUUCCCAAGUUUCAUCAAAACUAUCAGGACCAUCAUUGCUCUCACCCUCCUCACCCUCCUCACCCUCCUCACCCUCCACAUCUUUUACGCCAGGCCCACCAUUAUCAUCCUCUCCAUCAUCAUCCUCAGCAGUAUCAACACCAUCGUCAUCACCCUCAGCAGUGUCUUCGUCGUCACCAUCAUCAUCAUCAACAACUUCUUCUACCAAUAAAAGGCAAAAAACGAACUAUAUAACCGAAGAGCCAUGGCACAGUCUUACGAUCUCUUUGACUAAUAUUGUAAAGUGAAAUUAUGCACAUAUUGGAUAUAAAAAUAUACGAUAUAUAUAGAUUUUUAAGACAAAUGCCUUUGCUUUGUGAUUGUAUUAGUUGAAUGGAGGAAAGAACACGGCUUUCCCAGAGCCCUCACCUAUGAUGCUUCCU